AUGUCGUCUAUAAGGAAACAUAUUCACGAGGAUUAUAUCAAGCGUGCACAAGCUUAUCACCAAAAGAAGCAGGCUUUAUGGGAAUAUGUGGAGGAUGAAAGCAGUAGCUACAACUACAAGAAAAGAAGCCUGGAGAAAAUUCAGAAUGGAAAUGAGAUUCAACGGGAAGAAUAUGCGGAGGAUGAAAGCAGCCGCUACAACUAUGAGGAAAGAAGUCUGGAUAAAAUUCGGAAUGGAAAUGAAGAUUAUGCAAAGGACGAAAGCAGCCGCUAUAACUACGAGGAAAAGAGUCUGGAGAAAUUUCGGAAUGAAAAUGAGGACAAAAGCAGCCGCUACAACUACGAGGAAAGGAGUCCGGAGAAAUUUCGAAAUGAAAAUGAGGAGGAAUAUGUGGAGGGCAAAAGCAAUCGCUACAACUAUAAGGAAAGAAGUCUAGAGAAAAUUCAAAAUGGAAUUAGGUAUGAAUUGCUCAUCAAUUUUGGAUCGGGAGGAAUAUGUGGAGAACGAAAGCAGCCGCUAAACUACGAGGAAAUGAGUCUAGAGAAAAUUCGAAAUGGAAAUGAGGGGAAAUAUGUGGUGGACGAAAGUAGCCGCUACAACUUCGAGGAAAGGAUUCUUGAGAAAAUUUGGAAUGAAAAUGAGGAAUAUGUGGAGGACGAAAACAACCACUACAAGUAUGAGGAAAAGAGCUUAGAGAAAAUUCGGAAUGAAAAUAAGGAAUUUGUGGAGGACAAUAGAGGCCGUGACUACGAGGAAAUGAGAUUGGAGAAAAUUCUAAAUGGAAAUUACGAGGAGUAUGCAGAGAAUGAAAGCAGUCGCUACAACUACAAGAAAAGGAAUCUGGAGAAAUUUCGGAAUGAAAAUGACGAGGAAUAUGUGGAGAAUGAAAGCAGCCGCUACAACGACGUGGAAAUGAAUCUAGAGAAAAUUCGAAAUGGAAAUGAGAAAGAAUAUGUAGAGGAAGAAAGCAACCGCUACAACUACGAGGAAAAGAUUCUAGAGAAAAUUCGGAGUGAAAAUAAGAAGGAAUAUGUAGAAGAUGAAAGCAAUCGCUACAACUAUGAGAAAAGGAUUCUGGAGAAAAUUUGGAGUGGAAAUAAGUAUAUGAAGGACGAAAGCAUCCGCUACAACUACAAGGAAAGGAGUUUGGAGAAAUUUCGGAAUGAAAAUGAGUAUAUGAAGGACGAAAGCAUCCGCUACAACUACAAGGAAAGGAGUUUGGAGAAAUUUCGGAAUGAAAAUGAGUAUAUGAAGGACGAAAGCAUCCGCUACAACUACAAGGAAAGGAGUUUGGAGAAAUUUCGGAAUGAAAAUGAGUAUAUGAAGGACGAAAGCAUCCGCUACAACUACAAGGAAAGGAGUUUGGAGAAAUUUCGGAAUGAAAAUGAGUAUAUGAAGGACGAAAGCAUCCGCUACAACUACAAGGAAAGGAGUUUGGAGAAAUUUCGGAAUGAAAAUGAGUAUAUGAAGGACGAAAGCAUCCGCUACAACUACAAGGAAAGGAGUUUGGAGAAAUUUCGGAAUGAAAAUGAGUAUAUGAAGGACGAAAGCAUCCGCUACAACUACAAGGAAAGGAGUUUGGAGAAAUUUCGGAAUGAAAAUGAGUAUAUGAAGGACGAAAGCAUCCGCUACAACUACAAGGAAAGGAGUUUGGAGAAAUUUCGGAAUGAAAAUGAGUAUAUGAAGGACGAAAGCAUCCGCUACAACUACAAGGAAAGGAGUUUGGAGAAAUUUCGGAAUGAAAAUGAGUAUAUGAAGGACGAAAGCAUCCGCUACAACUACAAGGAAAGGAGUUUGGAGAAAUUUCGGAAUGAAAAUGAGUAUAUGAAGGACGAAAGCAUCCGCUACAACUACAAGGAAAGGAGUUUGGAGAAAUUUCGGAAUGAAAAUGAGUAUAUGAAGGACGAAAGCAUCCGCUACAACUACAAGGAAAGGAGUUUGGAGAAAUUUCGGAAUGAAAAUGAGUAUAUGAAGGACGAAAGCAUCCGCUACAACUACAAGGAAAGGAGUUUGGAGAAAUUUCGGAAUGAAAAUGAGUAUAUGAAGGACGAAAGCAUCCGCUACAACUACAAGGAAAGGAGUUUGGAGAAAUUUCGGAAUGAAAAUGAGUAUAUGAAGGACGAAAGCAUCCGCUACAACUACAAGGAAAGGAGUUUGGAGAAAUUUCGGAAUGAAAAUGAGUAUAUGAAGGACGAAAGCAUCCGCUACAACUACAAGGAAAGGAGUUUGGAGAAAUUUCGGAAUGAAAAUGAGUAUAUGAAGGACGAAAGCAUCCGCUACAACUACAAGGAAAGGAGUUUGGAGAAAUUUCGGAAUGAAAAUGAGUAUAUGAAGGACGAAAGCAUCCGCUACAACUACAAGGAAAGGAGUUUGGAGAAAUUUCGGAAUGAAAAUGAGUAUAUGAAGGACGAAAGCAUCCGCUACAACUACAAGGAAAGGAGUUUGGAGAAAUUUCGGAAUGAAAAUGAGUAUAUGAAGGACGAAAGCAUCCGCUACAACUACAAGGAAAGGAGUUUGGAGAAAUUUCGGAAUGAAAAUGAGGAGUACAUAGAGGAGGAAUGCAACGGCUACAACUACGAGGAAAGGAUUCUGGAGAAAAUUCGAAAAGGAAAUGAGUAUGUGGAGGACGAAAGAAGCUGCUACAACUACAAGGAAAGGAGUUUGGAGAAAUUUUGGACUGAAAAUGAGGAGUACAUAGAGGAGGAAUGCAACCGCUACAACUACGAGGAAAGGAUUCUGGAUAAAAUUCGGAAUGAAAAUGAGGAGUACAUAGAGGAGGAAUGCAACCGCUACAACUACGAGGAAAGGAUUCUGGAGAAAAUUCGAAAAGGAAAUGAGGAGUACAUGGACGAUGAAAGCAGCCGCUACAACUACAAGGAAAGGAGUUUGGAGAAAUUUUGGACUGAAAAUGAGGAGUACAUAGAGGAGGAAUGCAACCGCUACAACUACGAGGAAAGGAUUCUGGAUAAAAUUCGGAAUGAAAAUGAGGAGUACGUAGAGGAGGGAUACAACCGCUACAACUACGAAGAAAAGAUUCUGGAGAAAAUUCGGAAUGGAAAUGAGGAAUGA